GGAGGACAGGCACAAGUGCUACUGAUAUGCAAAUCCCUUUAGAUCUGGAAAAGGUCUGGCCCUGGGCUUGAUGCUUGGGUCUGGAACUGUGUAUCCUCACUGUACCUUCAGCUCACUCUAACCCUUAAGGAGGUGCUCAAGUCACUCAAGACGACUGGCCAAUCAGAGUCUUCACUGGACCUGCCAAUCAGAAGAGAAGGCGGGCUUUUCCGGGUGCCUUGGUGUAGUAUUCGCGUAGUAGUUAAGCCUUCUUAAAUGGUCCUGGCUGCUGUGCUCUGUGUCCUGUGUUUGGAUUCUGUGAGGCAUGUUCAGGCAAGCUCCGAAGUUGCGACAUGGAUGCAUUGACCUAUGAUGAUGUACAUGUGAACUUCACUCGAGAAGAAUGGGCUUUGCUGGAUCCUUCACAGAAGAGUCUCUACAAAGAUGUGAUGCAGGAGACCUAUAGGAACCUCACUGCUAUAGGUUACAAUUGGGAAGACCAUAGUAUUGAAGAACAUUGUCAAAGUUUCAGAAGACAUGGAAGGUAAUUUUCAUGUGCAAGUUGGUAUGAAUAUGCCUCUGAAGAAAUGUUAGUAUGUCCUCGAACUUUUAAAGAAACGCAACAGUGUUAAAAAAAAAAUACUUUAAGUGUAUUUAUUAUUAAAUUCUCAGAAAUCCAUGUA